AUGUCGGGUCCAUUAGGAAAUCCUAACAGGUGUAAGCAAGAAUACCCAAGGACUCGCCAAGGGAAUCUGACGUUCCGGGCUCGUCGGAAGAAGAAAUUUGAUGGUACAAUAGCCCUGACACAGCCACCCGUGUUGCCCAACACGACCCGUGGCAGGAGAAGGGAAGCCAGAAAAAUAAGGAUUGUUAUAUGGUUAAUAAUUUGCGGGAUUGCAAUUGUUAAGGUAAGGCAUCAGUUGAUUUUCCUUUUGACGCAGAAAUCGAAAGAACUUUGCGGGCAAGACUCAUGCAAGCUCAAUUGGCAAGACUGGAAUCAUAAGAAGAACAACCUUCCAUUCAUUCAGGUUCAGAUUCAGUUACAUCCUAGUACUAUUAAUCAACUUGAAAGGAAUCAUUUCACCGGAAAGUUGAUUGAUACCGCAACCGGUGGCUCUACUAAUUCCUCAACAGCCACCGGUAUCAAGAAGAUCAUUGAAGCUAUUGCUGCUAAUGAGCACUUGGAGUUGUACGAUAGAUGUCAAAGUAAACCAGAAGGGGUUAUCGAUUUAAAGUUGGAAACCAAUAAAAUCCGUAUCGAAGAUACUAUAGUUGCGGAAGUUAAGAAGAAGCUGAAGGCGAUGAAUAUAGGUACCCAACAGGUGGCACAAGUCCAACCUGCUCCUAUUGUCUGUUGUGAGAUUUGUAAUGGUCUGCACCAAACGGUGUAUUGUUUUACAACUCCUCAACAAGUUGAGGAAAUCAAAUUUGUGAAGCAGAAUAAUCACUAUUCUAACACGUAUAAUCCGGGUUGGAAGAAUCAUCCCAACUUCUCAUGGAAAGACCAGAAAGGGAACGCUCCUCAACACGGUCAAUACCAAACUCAAUAUCAACAACAUCAGCAACAACAAGCCCAUAAGAAAGCUGAUUGGGAGAUUGCCAUUGAAAGAAUGGUAGCUCAUAAUGUUAAAUUCCAAGAAGAAACCCGAAACAAUCAGAAAAACACCACCGCAUCCAUAAAGAAUCUUGAAGUCUAUAUGGGUCAAAUAGCACAGCAAUUAGCCUCGAGUUCUCAAGCACAAGGUGCUCUACCUAGUGCAACUGUGACAAAUCCUAGAGAGCACAAUAAUUUGAGCGUCGUGACAACAAGAAGCGGUACAUCUCAUGAAGUACUUGAGGAGAUGGCUGAAGAGAAAUAUCAAUUGGUCAAAGUGGAUCUUGAGAUCAAAGAAAAUGAAGCUGUGAGGGAAGAAGUGGUUGCACCGAAACCAGCGGUGCAAGAAAAAGUCACUGAGCCUAAGCCGGUCAUUAAGCUUCCUUUUCCCACCAGAAACAAGAAAAAGGGGCAACAUGAGAAAAACUUUGAGAAGUAUAUAGAGUUGUUCAAUAAGCUAGAAAUUAACAUUCCUCUUUUGGAAGCACUUAAACAAAUGCCUACUUAUGCCAAGUUCAUGAAGGACAUCAUUUCUAAGAGGUGUACCAUCGAUACCAACCCGAUUGUUCUAACCGAAACUUGUAAUGCUAUUUUGUAG